UCUGCGCUCCCUCAUUGGAGAAGCUUAACCGUUUACCGUUUCUCUCACAAAGAACCGUUAAAUCCUUUUAUUUUUGUUCUCUAAGGCAUUCUCAUUACCAAAUCAUUGCAUUCUUUUAUAUCAGAUCCAUUCUUAACCCUUUGAUUUGAUCCUAAACAAAGGGUGCAGGGGAGCCUCUGAAUUCCUUUUAUAGCUGAUCUAAGUGGUAGAGGGAGCUUAAGUGGGAUUUCAUGAGUCAGGUGAGGUGGAAGCAAGUUCAAAGGAGGGAUCAAGGAUAAAGUUGGCGUUUCUAGGUGAUAAUUCUACUCCUAGAAAAGAACCUGAAUGCUGAAUGCUGUUCAUUGUUGAUAUGGUUCUAUAGAGUGACAAUCCUUGGUAGGUUGGAAAAUGGCUUUUGUUUGUGAGGAAGAGAAAACUGAGGAUUACCUUUUCAAGAUUGUAUUGAUUGGUGAUUCAGCUGUUGGGAAAUCGAAUUUACUUGCAAGAUUCGCUAGGGAUGAGUUCUACCCUAAUUCAAAAUCAACCAUAGGAGUAGAGUUUCAAACCCAGAAGAUGGAUAUAAAUGGAAAGGAAAUUAAGGCACAAAUCUGGGAUACGGCUGGUCAGGAGCGCUUCAGGGCUGUUACAUCUGCAUAUUACCGAGGUGCAGUUGGAGCUCUCCUUGUGUAUGACAUCAGUAGACGACAGACUUUUGAUAGCAUUAGCAGAUGGCUAAAUGAACUUCACGCUCACUCUGACAUGAAUGCAGUCACCAUUUUAGUGGGCAACAAGUUGGAUCUCAGGGAUGCCAGGGAAGUAUCCACUGCAGAAGGAAAGGCCCUGGCAGAGGCACAGGGUUUGUUUUUUAUGGAGACUUCUGCCCUUGAUUCCUUCAAUGUGGCAGCUGCGUUUCAGACAGUUGUUAAAGAGAUCUACAACAUAUUGAGCCGGAAAGUUAUGAUAUCUCAUGAGCUCAAGAAGCAGGAUACUUCAUUGAAUGGGCCGACUGUUGUUUUACAGGGGGAUGAGAACCAACAAUCUGGUACAGAGGAUAAAAAGGGCGGGUGCUGUUGAUCCUAACUCUUCAGGAAAAACGAUCCUCUGCUCCAGUCCAUUUUCUGGCUCUCCGCCUGAAGUACCCACUGAUGUUCCUGAUAUAUCUUCUUCUACAUGUGUUCAUUUCUUGAUGCCAUU